AUCCGUGAGGAGAGAGGACCGGAAAAGGCUUUAUUUGCAGCGGCAAUGGGAGGUGCUUUUGCAUACUUAAUGUUGGAGUGAACGCCCGGUGAUUGCUCUCCCUUUAAAACCAGAAAAGCCACUGGUGAUUCGAGACGGAGCAGAGAGGCGUAUUCGAGGUACAGCUACCUGGGCGGUGGCUACUUUGCUAAGCGGCAGCGUUGAAAUUAUAGAAUGCUUGCUAUCAGUGCAAUAUAAUUACCGCAGAAACAAACAGCAAUAUUUGAACUCGGAAGAGUUACCAGGGCAAUCCUCAGCGUGGUACAUUAAAAAGGAUCAUUUGUUUAACUAAUGAAAGCAUAACUUUCACAAACCAAAUCAAACCCAAAACUUACCAAGCCAAACCCAAACUCAUGCUAUUUUCAUGUGGGAUGGUUCCUGAAAAACAUGGAGUGGCCAAGCAAAGACAUAAAAUUUAUUAUUGACGAGACACUGGAUUUUAAUCAGUUUUCUCCUUUUGACGGACAAGAGGAGGAGGAAGAGGUCUCUGGCAUUUGCCCCACUGAGUCCAGUGAAAGGUGUGCGGCCCAGUCAAUUGACACGAACGUUUUUUGGGGGGAGAGUGAAGGCAUGGCCUUGCUGUGGAGCACCCUGAGUCCCGAAAAACUAGAGGAGAUGAUGAGGGAAGCCAACAGCCUGGCUGCACUGAUGGAGGGGUGUGAGCUGCUGGAGAAGGAGAACGGCAGCUCUGAGACAAGGCUUGAGGUGGUUCCAGAUUUUGAGCCUUUGCCCUCCAUUGAAUCCUUGCAUGCGGUGAGGAGGGACUCCAGGGCCCCCAGGCGAAGGACAUUCAACGUGAGCAACAGCCCUCUGAAAGCCCUGCUGCCAACCGUGGGACCCGAAAGCUGCUGCUCUGUAGGUUCCCCCAAAGCUCCGCUUCCAGAGAUGGGAAGUCCUGCUUCCUGUGUUGCAGACCCACCUGUUCCCAAAAGACGCCAGGAUAAAUUAAAUGCCUGCAUCCCCGACAAGCAGCUCCACAAGAAACCCAGGCCCAGUCAGCCACUCAAGUCACCACUGGCAGCAACGAAAUCUCUGGACAUUAAAAAGGUACAGUGGCAGGAGCAGGACAAAUGCAGAUUUUCAUUUGGAGCACAAAGUGUUGUGCUCGGGGAAUCCCUGGCUUUGAUCCCGAUUCUCUUCCUGAGCUUGCAUGUGUCAAUUACUCUUAGCUGUGACUCAAGCUGCAAUCCUCUUGGCCUUCAGGAUCCACCUAGCAAAGGUAAAAAACCAGUGCCACAUGCGAAAGCACGGCUGGGCCCCAGGCUGGAUCCGCUGAAGACUGGUCCUGUGAAGAAGGCCUCUACUGCUCCAGAAAAGGUGGCGCAGCUCCAAAAGGCAAAUGCAAGUACCGUGCACAACCUCUGCUGGUCGCUCCUUAUGAACAUAUCUGUUUAUGCCUGCUUUCUCUUUUUCUCUGCAGAUCAGGUGACGAGUGUGGGUGGCUGCGCCCCACAAUUGCAGGCCAGCUACAAGCCUCACAGCAGUUGUCGUGAGAUUCGAACCAGGAACACUGCCAAGUCUGGGCUGGCAAGCAGACUGCCGGUGUUAAACUCUGACACGCCUGCAUUUCGACAGACAGUCCCUUCUGGCACUUCCCAGAACAGCAGGCUGCGACUGCCCAAGAAGGCAACCUCUGGCAAGUCAAGCCUUGCAGCGAACGGAUCUGGGGCUGGAUGAGUGUGAACCCACGGAACAUUGCCUGCUCUUUCCCUUUUAACGGCAUUCCUGGGUGCUUUUAACGUAUGGCCCAAACUUGCAUGGUGAAGGAGGAGCUGCAGCCUGGGAGACUUGGCCCAAGGCUUUGCUGACAGAGAGAACCACACCUCCAUGAUCACUGGCUGAGGGCUGGUGGGAAUUGGGAGUCAAAACAAUUACCUGGAGGGGCUACAGGUCAGCCUUGUAGAAUCUGUGCUAUAUGAUUAGGUAUGUCUGUCUGUACUGUACUUAUUUUUUGUUAAAAUAUAUACUUUUCUAAUAAAACAAAAUAUGCUUUUAAAAAAUAAAACCAA